UCACAGGAAAUCCACGCAGGAUCGGGUUGCCGAGUGGAACCAUGCUGGAUUUGGGCCAUCAGUCACUACCAGUUGGCAUACUGUGCCUUCUUCAGGGGCGAUUAAUCUGUCGAUUUUCAACGGAUACAUGCCUCGAUGCGGGGUUGUCGUCGGGCACCCUUCAUUUGAAAAUAGAUGUCCCUCUCCCCUGCAAAAGCACGUCGUCCUUUUUCUCAUUCAAUCUCCACCCUUCAACCACAUUUCCAUUCACACUUCUCAUCACCAUUGCGCCCUUACUAAACACCGACCCACGCACCGACAACGAUAGACGCAUCGGAGACAUAUAAUUAUUGUAAUGCGCGUAUCGUUCUCGCCGGCACCUGCAGAGCCGCCCACGACCAAGAAGGAGCUAUGGGCCUGGUACAGCUAUGCCUUCGCGAGUGAAGCAUACGUGGUGGUCGCUCUGACUAGCUUCAUCCCAAUCACACUAGAGGCACUGGCGUCGGAGGAAGGUCAUCUCUACGGGACGAACGAGCCAUGCAUUGCCCGUCCGAACAUCACAGGCAUCACAGGCAUCACAGCAUUAAAUACGGGGACCAAUGCCCAAGUCAUGGAGAGGCCAAGGUGCAUGAUUAGCUUUGGACACCUGGAGGUGGAUACAGCGUCCUUUGUGAUGUAUCUCACGUCUUUGGCAGUGUUCCUGCAGGCUUUGACGGUUGUCUCCAUUAGUUCCAUGGCCGACUAUGGUUCAUACCGCAAGAAGCAGCUCAUCGCCUUUUCAGCAAUCGGCGCCACUGCAACCAUGCUUAUCGGCGCAGUACCAUAUGUGUGGAUGGCAGGUGCACUUAGUGUCAUCGCUAAUGUCUCUUUUGGAGCCGGAAUUGUAUGCUUCAACGCCUAUUUACCCCUCUUGGUUAGAAACGUGGAGCGUCUGCGUCGUAGACGCGAGCAGCUUCUACAACUUGAAACCGAGGUCGAGGUUCAGUCAGGACAUCCCAUACAGUCACUCGCUGCAGACGUGAGCAAUGAUAUGAGCGAGAUGGCAGGCGCGGGUCAUGUGCAUGGUACGGAUGAUGCCCGUGCGACUCUACUUCACGACCAGGAGCAGCCUGAUGCGGCCAUACCAGAGAUUCCAGAAACAGCGCAGACGUUGGAGCAAAAGAGAUGGCUGGUCAUGGAAAUGUCCGAGCAGCUGAACGAAGAUAAAGGACAUCUUAUGGGGCAGAUCAGCGCUAAGGGCUUUGCGAGCGGCUAUCUCGGAGGCAUCCUACUACUACUCGCCUGUCUCUACAUCUCAUAUCGCGACAAAUCCUCGACAAGGUCCCUCAAGGUUGGCAUUUUCCUAUCUGGACUUUGGUGGUUCCUCUUUGCAGCGCUGGCUGGCGUUUGGCUGAAACAGAGACCUGGACGGGAACUUCGUCUUGAGGAUCGCAGUCAGAAACAUGGGUCCCUGUGGGUCGCCUCUCGGUAUGUCCUUUACUCUUGGAGUCGAGUCGGGGCAACGAUCGUCCAGGCUCGAAAGCUGCCCAGUGCGUUUGCGUUUCUUAUUUCCUGGUUCUUUCUCUCAGACGGGUACACGAGCAUUGCCAAUGUGGCUCUUUUGUUUGCAAAGACAUCGCUACAGAUGCCACAGACACAGCUGAUCCUGCUCUCACUCGAGGUCCCGAUCUGUGCGCUGGUAGGCACACUUGCCUUUCCUAAACUGCAGCGGGUAUUGGGCUACAAUCAGAAGCAAAUGGUUCUUUUACUGCUUAUUAUGCUGGUCAUGGUCCCAGUAUAUGGCACGCUGGGUUUAAUUCUCUCAUUCUGGCCCCAUCUUUCCUCCGCAAAGGAGCUCUUUGCUGUCGCCGCAUACUUUGGUUUUCUGAUUGGAGCUGUUCAAAGCUUUUGCCGAUCCAUGUUCGCAGAUCUUGUUCCCCGUGGCCGAGAGUCCGAGUUCUUUGGUCUUUAUGCCAUCACAGAUAAGGGAAGCAGCUGGCUAGGCCCACUGGCGGUGGCAGCUAUCACGGAUGCGACGCAUGAGAUUCGGUAUGCUUUUGUCUUUCUGCUAGUGCUGUUGAGUCUUCCGAUUCCGAUCAUAUACUUUGGCGUGGACAUGAACCAAGGUCGCCUGGAUGCAGAGAAGGCAUCUCAAGAACUGCAGCAAAUUCAAACAGCAGGAGAGCACGGUGAGCAGGACCGCGGUGAGGAGAGCGAGCGAUUGUUGUCUUCAGUUUAGAGGAUCUUGCUAGAGAACAAAUAAACGUGAUGCCGCUUAUAUCGUAGCUUUUAGCUUCAAUCCCC